GUCACGCCCUCUUCUAGUGCAUACUGGCUUGCUGAUACUUUUCAGGUCCUCUAGUACUCGGUCUCGUACUUCUUUUUGGGCAUGGAUUCGCGGAAGUUAGAAGAAUUGCGGGAGUUCGUAAAGAUUUGUCAGGGCGAUCCUGGUGUCUUACACCGUCCGGAGCUCGGCUUCUUUAAGGAAUGGCUUCUCAGCAUAGGUGCAUAUUUGCCUUUUCCAGAGACCAAAGAUUUCUGUGCAAAAGCUGGCCAGGAGGAAUCUGUGAAAGAAGAAAAACUCGCUCAACCUCAAAAUUCUGAAAGUGAGGAAAGUGAAUUAGAGAUUGACAAUGAUGGAGUUAUUCCUCCAGAUGAAGAUGCACCUCAGCAAAUGGGAGAUGAAACCACAGAGGUUACAGAAGAAAUGAUAAAUCAGGCUAAUGAAAGCAAAAUACAAGCAAUUAAUGCUUUGACAAAUGGCGAACUGCAGAAAUCCAUUGACCUUUUCACUAAGGCCAUAAAGCUGAACCCUUUGGUUUCCAUGUUAUAUGCAAAAAGAGCAAGUGUGUAUGUGAUGCUGCAAAAGCCUAACGCUGCAAUCCGGGACUGUGACAGAGCUAUAGCUAUCAAUCCUGACUCAGCACAACCGUAUAAGUGGAGAGGGAAAGCACACCGGCUUCUUGGGCAGUGGGAGGAAGCUGCACGUGAUUUGGCAAUGGCUUGUAAACUGGAUUAUGAUGAAGAUGCCAGUACUGUGUUGAAGGAGGUACAGCCACGGGCUCAAAAGAUUGCAGAGCAUCGUAGAAAAUACGAAAGGAAGCGGGAGGAGAGAGAAAUCAAUGAGAAGAGGCAACGAUUAAAGGAAGCGCGAGAGGGACAUGAGCGAGUGCAGCAAGAAAAAGACACCAAAAGACAGACAGGAGCACCGUUUGAAGGUUUUCCAGGUUUCCAGGGUGGCAUGCCUGGUGGGAGCAGCAUGCCUGGGAUGGCAGGAGUACCUGGUAUCAGUGAAUUACUUUCAGAUCCCGAAGUGCUGUUGGCAGUGCAGGACCCAGAGGUGAUGGCUGCAUUCCAAGAUGUGGCUAAGAAUCCUGCCAAUAUGUCAAAAUAUCAUGCAAAUCCUAAAGUGAUGAGUCUGAUCAACAAACUUUCCAGUAAAUUUGGAGGCAAUGUGUAGCCGGAUCCCCAUAUUAAAUGAUACUCUGAUCCACGCUUUACCUGCCUCUAUUUGAAAAGUCAUCAUUAUUAUUAUCUAAUGACUGUUAGGGCAUAACACCAGUUGCUAUUUAUAUAUUUCGGAAGUAAAAAUUAAUUGCUUGUAAAGUUUGAAUUCCUCUGGUUUCACUGGGAUAUGAUUAGAUGAAAUAAUGAAUAUUGAUUAUUGUGUUCUCUGAUAAAUUUUGCUUUCAGUAUCACUGUUCUGGUUACAAUAAAAUAAAAAAUAACUGCA